AAUUUCCAGCAGAUGAUGAUGCGUGGCGUUGCCAUGGUGUUGCUGUUGCCAAUGCUGGUGUGGGCGGGGUCAGAAUGCAAGACUCGUUGUCGUCUUACAAGCAUUUCCAUCACCGUGGAGAGUGACGAGUGUGGCAGCUGCAUCACCAUCAACACCACAGCCUGUGCCGGCCUCUGUCAGACUCAGGAAAGAGCGUACCGCAGUCCAAUGGCGCCAUAUUUCCAGAACACCUGUAACUUCAGGGAUUGGACUUAUGAGACCGUUCAGCUGCCAGGCUGUGCUCCGGGGGUUGACUCGUCCUUCACCUACCCUGUGGCUCUGAGCUGUGAGUGCAGCCAGUGUAACACAGAGAUCACAGACUGCGGCGCCUUCAGCAUGCAGCCGAGUAGCUGCCACACACACGCCUACUACUGAACCGAGUCACAUCAGCUCAGCCAACAGCCCCGAGCUCUCACUGCAGCAAUCUGUUACACUUCUUUCAGCAUAUUAUAAUUAUUUCUGAAAUAUUGCGUACCGUCAGGUUCCAUCAUUUACAAUAAUUAUCCUAUCUCAAUGUUAUCACUUUACAAAGACCUACAAAUAUUUGUUUUUAAAAAAAAAAAAACCCACACAGUUCAAUACCUUAUACUACCAAUUAACUCCAGGUCUGUUCUGUUUGACCCUGAACAUCAUGAAGGACAUGACGCGCUGUUGUUUAGCCUCACCUGAGCAUGUAAACACUGCUUCAUUAAAACAGCUCACAUGC